AUGUGUCCUUCAAAUCUUGAUUCAGAUAUCCCCGCACCCAAAAUGAUCACACUGGAACGUCAACUUAUUCACAGUGUACUUAUCAGUUGGAAGCCCCCGGACUCAGCUGCUGCCAUUCAGACGAUCAUAUCCGCUUAUCACAUUUAUGUGGAUGGUCAGUUUCGUAUGUCGGUUCAGUCAAAGGAAAAGACACGCGCCCUGCUUGAUCGAGUGGAUUCUGACAAACCUCAUCGAAUAUCUAUCCGAGCGAUUUGUACACGCGGUCAAUCGAAAGAUGCCGAAUGCACUCUGGUUGUCGGUCGAGGAAUGACAGCUACUCCGGGACGUUUACGGGCCACUCAGAUUGGAACAAAGUCAGCGAAACUGAGCUGGAUCCCUGGGAACAGCAACUACUGGCAUCGUGUCUACCUCAAUCAACAAGAAUUAUAUAACUGUCCCCCAGGGGUGUACAAAGUAUUACUCACCGAUCUUCCACCGGACACACUCCAUCGUGUUUGUGUUCAAGCUUUGCCACAAACCACACCCCCAAUCACCUCUCAAUCACCGGAACCACCCAGCUGGAUUUUGAACACCACCAGCGGUGUGGACACGCAACACCUGAGCGCGUUCAUCGAAUUUCGCACUCUCCCAAUCGGUCUGCCUGAUCCACCGACAAAUGUGCAACUGGAACCUGGUCCGCAAGAUGGCAUGCUCCUGGUUACAUGGACCCCGGUCCCACAAGAUAAAGGAGCAGCCGCAGCGGCUAGUGCAGCCGGAGCAAGUGGUACCCUGCCGGUUCAAGGUUAUACCGUGUGCCUGAACGAGCGAUCUCUGAUGGAAGUGGAUGGCGCGUCUAAUGACCAUGCAAUUAUUCCGCUCAAAGUGGUCAAAGAACAUUUGGAUCAAGUGUUUCUGGAAACUCAGUCUUCUGCGCCAAGCACCAAUUUAGAUCUUGCUUUAGAUGAGGCUCUUAGCUCGGAUUUGGGCACAUUUGGUCAUCCGGGUACAACAAGUGACUUGGCACAAACACUGCUAAUCACAGUACACUCCACAGUCCCCUUGUCCGCUGUCAGUGAAGAAACUCAACACUUGGCUGUCAAUUCGUGCGCCACGACUGCCGUCCUAAAAGGCUCCGCCGGUCCUGGGUCGCGGCAAAUCUGCCUCACACCGGAAAUUUUGGUAGCUGCCGGAGGCUCAUUAGAAGCUACGGUACACGUUCUGGGCGUCAAGUUGGCACAACAAUUGGGAAUUGACGAAUUAGCGGCACGACGAGCUGGUGUGCCAUUAAUCAGCACCGCCGCGGAAGUUCGAAGUCCAUCGCCAACCACCCAAAAUACGAGCAACCCAGCCACUUCCGUAUCCGGCACGGGGACUGUGGGACCUGAGCAGGGGUUGAUCACCGUAUCGGCUGAUACUAUGCGAAAACGCAGUCCAACGACAGACGCUAUCGGUUCAGCUGAGGCUCUGUUGAUGCGGCAUCGUCUUGAAGAGUCACGUGAACGUGCUGCAAUUACCUCCUCGCCAGAAAUGACAUGGCCUGGUUAUAGUGUGGACAGUCUACGCGGAAUAAGCACGCGUUCUCGUAGCGCUCGAUCACCGGCCCCUUGGCCUUGGCCUUCGGGCUUUAGUGGCCCACGUGUACGAACUCCAGCAAUGGCAAAUCGUUCUCCUACGAGAACUCAUCGAGGACGAUAUUCACGCAAAUCCUGGCGUCAGACUCGUUCCAUGUCCGACGAUUACGAACCACGAUUAGGUCCCCCAGGUGUAUUUCCACCGGACCAUAUCUGUCCGGAUGAGGAAGAGGACAAUUCGGAUAAUAGUGCUUGGUCCAGUGAAGCUCCAUUCAGUCGUUAUUCAUGGCUGCGUGCCUCAUCUCUGUAUAACCUAAACCAUCGUAUACCCGCUAAACGAUGGAGGCCGCGGGGUGCGGCUAAAAGCAGCUGGGAUAUACGUUCACUCCCGAACUAUGACGAGCCGGUCGGUUCUGGCUACCCUUCUCGUUCCCGAUACCGUGAUGAAUAUGGUCGAAUCUUACAACCUCGCUCCGCAAAUUUGUGUGACCUAGGUGCUCCGUAUGAUACACGUCCUAGUGCGCGUAGUCUCAGUGCUUGGCCCGACGCCGGAUCACGCUGGGCACCUAUUUACACUAAACUAGGUGGUCCACGGACACAAAGACGUUUUGGUGGUAAAAUUUAUCGGGAGUUCGGAAGUGUUGGCCCGGGCCCCAUAAUCACCGCCUUUUCCUCAUCCUCCAACGACGAGAAACGUGGGGGUCCUUAUGCAGAUUCUGUUGGUCCAGACAGUGCACGACUAUUAAGUGCACGGUUUAGUUCCGGUGACUACACUGGUCCAGAUGGUCGGUAUCGGUUUCCUCCUCCACGGAGUCGAAGUACCAGUCCGCAUCGAACUUCACGUCCAAGUAAUUGCUCCCGUCCAUUGACACGUGAACUGGGCAUUCGAUAUUAUGAUCGCCCCUCGUCAAGAUGGCCCGAAUCCCCAUUGGCUUGCCAAAAGCCACCCAACUCUAACGCGAACCGAAAUCGGGAUCGGCAUCGAGGACACUGGCCCGAACGGGUAGGCUCACUCACAUCGGAGUUCUCGACGUUCUGGGCAUGA